AAAAUAUGCUUUGGGCUGGCUCUGCUAUAUAUUUAUUAAAGUAUGCCUGUAAGGAUACUGUAUAGGGAGAGGAAUUGAAAUAACUCAGAGGAAAGAAUGGCAAAAUUUAUCAAAAUAGCCACUGAUACCUGGGCUAUAGUUUUCUUUCACACUGCACUAACUGAAUUAGUGAAAGUAUUCCUGCUUUUGCAGAAGACUCUUGGGGACCUAUGCCAUCACAUAACAGCCAUAAAUAUUGCACACCAAGGAUGCAAGGAUGAUUGCAUAACUGCAAAAUGUAAUGCAUUUGUCUAAUUGUUGUUGAUCUAGAAUUAACAGCUGCCUUGACUGGCUAAAGACCACAGGGUUUGAAGUAUGUAAAAGGGGCUCCAAAAUUGUUAAAUUAAGUAUUAAAGCUCUAUGCAACUUUUUCAAUGAACUGAGAUUGUCUGUAGAGUAGGAGCCACAUACAAACCCAAUUGAUCAACCUUUGAAAUACUUAAAUUUAAAUAUUGUGCUAUUAUAAUUUCCAUCCAACUCACAUACCUUGGUGAAAGUAUAGUAUUGUUAUGAUUUGGGUUUUUACCAUUCUGUGUGUGAUUUAAGGGAAGAUAAUAAUCAGUUUUACAUAUGAAAAGACUUAACUGAUUUAAAUUCAGGACAUGGUCUUGAGCGAGCAGUCCAAUCCACUGCACACGUGGACUUUCUGAUUUGUUUCGCAACCAUUAAUGGAUUCACGAGGCUUGUGAAACUGCAUUUUUAGUUUACUAGUUCCUGAAAAAUACAUGUGUUAUUAUUAAAGAGUUUCUGUUUCACACCAGUCAGAUUUUGAAAAGUGUCUCCUUUGAGCAAAUCCAGAGGCUUGGUCCUACAUAACCUGUAGCCACAAUACCAGGACAUCUACCAACUAACAGUAUGGAAUUUCCUGAUGAAGGAAAGGGAGAUGUUCAGCUUGUAACAAGUGUUCAGGAGUCUAUGGCACACGAUCAGACAGAUAGUGAAGAACAUGCCUCUGUAGGAAAGAAAAACAUAGAAGAGGAGUUUGCUGGCACACCUCUUGCUCCAGCUCAUUCUCUCUGGACUACUGAUGCUAAAGGUUCAGUAAGACUGAGAAUUGAAGACGGGUGUCCAGAGGAACCUGUCACAGUUCACCAAAUGUUCAAAGCCUCAGUUGAAAAAUAUGGAAACAUGUACGCACUCGCCAGCAAGAAGAACAACAAAUGGGAAAAGAUAACUUUCUUAGAGUAUUAUCAAUUAUGCCGGAGAGCAGCCAGGAGCUUUAUAAAGCUUGGUUUAGAGCGAUUCCAUGGAGUGGCAAUAUUAGGAUUCAAUUCAGCAGAAUGGUUCUUCUCUGCAGUCGGUGCCAUCAUGGCAGGGGGGAUAAUGACAGGAAUUUAUGCCACAAACUCACCAGAAGCUUGCCACUACGUGGCUAGUGACUCCAAAGCCAACAUUAUUGUGGUGGAAAACCAAAAGCAAUUGGAUAAAAUCCUGCAGAUAUGUGACAGACUGCCCCAUCUGAAAGCCAUAGUGCAGUACAGUGGACACCCCCAGCAGAAGAGCUCCAAUCUUUACUCUUGGGAGGAGUUCAUGGAGCUGGGUCUGGAUGUUUCUGAGGAAGAACUGGAUGACAUCAUCAGCAGCCAGAGAGCCAACCAAUGCUGCGUCCUGAUCUACACCUCUGGCACCACAGGCAAGCCGAAGGGAGUCAUGCUCAGUCAUGACAAUAUCACAUGGACUGCCAAUCAUGCCAGCAGGGCUGGGAACAUGCAGCCGGCUGACACCAAACAGGAGUCACUAGUAAGCUACCUGCCUCUCAGCCACAUCGCAGCUCAGAUCUAUGAUCUCUGGACGGGCAUCCAGUGGGGUGAGCUGGUGUACUUUGCACAGCCAGAUGCCUUAAAGGGAAGCCUCAUAACAACACUGCGAGAAGUUUGUCCUACAUCCCACAUGGGUGUCCCACGGGUAUGGGAGAAGAUGAUGGAGAAGAUAAAACAGGGAAUUAGUGAGUGUGGAUAUGUGAAAAAGAAACUGGUGACAUGGGCAAUGUCAGUCAGUAUGGAAGCCAAUCAAAAGUGCAUGCAAAAGGAUGAUGAGAAACCAUUCCUCUUUUUCCUGGCUGACAGCUUUGUGCUGCAGAAGCUUCGGGCUGAGCUGGGCCUGUCUUGCUGUCAGAAGUUCUUCUCUGGAGCAGCACCAAUCGGAAGUGAAACAGUGCAGUUUUUCCUGGGCCUGAACAUCUGGCUGUAUGAGGCGUAUGGCAUGAGUGAGAGCACAGGACCCCACUUUAUGUCAGGUCCCAAAGCUUACAAACUACCAAGCUGUGGCAAGGUGGUGCCUGGCUGUCGAUACAAAAUGGCCAACAUAGACUCUGACGGGACAGGUGAAAUUUGCUUUUGGGGACGUAACAUUUUCAUGGGUUUCCUCAAUGUGGAAGACAAAACAAGAGAAGCUUUUGAUGAAGAUGGAUGGCUGCAUUCUGGAGACCUGGGGAAGAUAGACGAAGAGGGUUUCUUGUACAUCACAGGGAGAAUUAAAGAGUUGAUCAUCACUGCUGGAGGGGAGAAUGUCCCCCCUGUUCCCAUAGAGGAAGCAGUGAAGAGGGAGCUACCUAUCAUCAACAAUGCCAUGCUCAUAGGAGACAAGAAGAAAUUCUUGUCAAUGCUUUUGACCCUAAAGUGCUGUAGCAAUACAGAAACCAUGGAGCCAACAGAGGAGCUGAGUAUGGAGGCUGUGGUGUUUUGCCAACAGCUAGGCAGCCAAGCAACCAAAGUGUCUGACAUCAUUGGAGGAAAUAACAAAGAAGUGUACCGGGCAAUUCAAGAGGGAAUCGACAGAGUCAACUCUGCAGCUACCUCUAAUGCCCACCGCAUACAAAAGUGGACUAUUCUCAGAAAGGACUUUUCUGUUUCUGGAGGAGAGCUGGGUCCCACAAUGAAGCUUCGUCGCCCUGUCGUGUUGGAGAUGUACCACAAGGUCAUAGAGAGCUUCUAUCAAGAAUAGUGUCAUGUUCCUAGAGAAAUGACUGUUUAACUGUUAGUAUGAAAAUCACGACACUUGCAUAUGUCAUCAUUCUUGUGGACAUGCAUGGAAUUUAAUUAUGUGUCUUGUGUACAGAAUGCAGAACCAUAUUUAAUUUGUUAAUAUUUAAGAGUAAACCAAGAUUAAGUUUUAAAUACACUGCAGUGCAUAAUACUUGCUAUUACAAAACCGAGAAUUUUACAAAGUCACAACAUUUUGAUGCAUCUUGUCAUAGACUGAAAUAUUUGUUUCUAAUUUAUUUUUGUCUAUAGUCAACAAUUUAUUUUUACUGCUUCAAAAUCAUACGUGUUACUUGCAUGACAGGAUCUGACUCUGCAUUUUGUGUAAAUUAGGUGGUAUUUAGUAUAUGGUUUAUACCAAUUCAGAUAAUAACUCACAAAAACGUGAACAUAACUUUUACCAGGAUUCUAAUCACAGGGGUCACAGAGUCAUCAUGAAAGCAGAUGAGAGGGCUUAUGACACCCACAAAAGUCGUUUGCAUAACACUGAAUAAAAAGUCUGGCAUUUCUGA